GCUCUGUUUGAUUUUAUCAGGAGUGCCAGUAUCGAUUCAUUUGUACACCCACCAAAGGAAUUUUCAAACGUGUCCUGUAAGUUUUCGGCACGGCAUGUUUCGGCUGCUUAAAAAGCUACAAGAUAGCCAGGAUGCGAUCAAUGCCUGGACAGAACGUCACCGGCUCCUUCACUUCAUAUGUGGGAUCCUUGCGGGCUUAGUCUGGUUAGUCAUCCUGUUAACCUGGCGGGUAUCCAAUAAUCACUGGGUGCAUUGGCAGGAGCGCGAGGAAUGCGGCAAGCCUUCUCCCCCACGAAUCCUGCUCUGGUCGCCUUCGCUUCAUCGACGCGGCACGGGGACGUUAAACAACAGUAAGUACCAUCUCGGCCACCUCGACAAGGAUUGCGAAGUCACCGAGGACCACGCACGGGUGUACCACAGUGACGUAAUUGUAUUCGAUGGCAACAGUCUUCGAACAGCCGACUUCCCGACUUACCGGCACCAAGGACAAGCCUGGAUCUUCUGGGCGACUGAUUCUCCCGACGGAGCGCUUGCGCGAUACCUGCCACGCACGGCUCCACCAUUCAACUGGACCAUGGGCUUCAGGCAGGAUGCUGACAUCGUACUCCCUUACAGAACCUGGACAAUAUUAGCUGAACCAGACGCGGAUACCCUGCAUGAUCUGCCCAGUAUCUACACCAAUAAGACACUAAACGCCGUUUGGUUGAUAAGCGAGUGUGAGCAAGAGGAAUUCGAGCAUCCUAGAGGCCCCAUGAACAGUCACUGGCGUGGUACCGAACGCUUUGUCAAAGAAAUCUCGGACGAGGUCUACAUCGACCUUAUCCCCAAGUGCGGCUCUGAAUAUUGCAGUUCCCGUGACGAAUGCCUGAGCCUCUUUCAAGAGACUCACUUUUUCAUCUUCGUAAUGGAGUCGUCUCCCUGCUUCCAGCAUCCCGCCGAAAUUAUUUACGACGCACUGAACUACACCAUCGUACCGGUAUAUUUUGGUGCGAACUCUUUAGGAACGUCACUGCCGCCGCAUUCGUUUCUUGAUACUACAAGAAUAAAGAAUGCGCAAGGCAUUGUCAGCGUUCUCUCCAAGGUUCGAAGCUUGCUUAAAUUAUACAGCCCUUUCUUUUUGAUGCGAAGUCACUAUCGGGUCAAUGUACCAUCGAACAAUCUGGACGCCUUGUGUAGUGCGUUGCAAGAUGAAGGGAUAAAUAGUAGCUACACCGAUAUCGUGUCUUGGUGGCUAAGCCGUGCGACGUGCGGUGACCUUACGCAGGCCAAACAUACGAAAAUACCAAGCACUACGGGAACGAACAAUUACACCGUACGCUCAAAUUCGUUGCGAGGGCUGUAACUCAGUUUGUGUAGACAUCUAAAUGGUGUAUAGCUUGUAUUUCUGUGAGUCAAUGUAUAAUGUACUGUGUGUUUGCUGUUAGCAUCGUUUUUUUUUCAGCAUUUUAUCAGCUGUGAAGCAGCUUUGCGUGCGUUUUCAUUUUUUUAAUAAAUAUAACA